AUGGUUCCGUCCCCGUACGUCCCGGAGUCCCUCCUACCGUCACAGCCAGGCUCUGCUUCCCCCUGGAGCGCUGCCCGAGUCCCCGACAAUUCACCUCCUUUGGGAGCGUCUCCGUCGUCACGCUUUGGCCCAGGAUCGUUUCCGCACGCUGCGUCGCCGCAGCCCGUGCAGCGCUCCUUAUUUAUAUACAGCCGCCACCAGCGGGGCCUGCACACUCGCGACGCUGCUUCUUCAGAUUCGAUAGACGUGCCUCCUUCCACCGCUGGGACUCCGAGGCCUUUCCGCUACCGGUGCCAAUCCGAUACCGUCGCGUUGGACUCCAGAACGCAGUCCGAACUGAGCGACUCAGAGACCGCGUCCAGCAAGGCUGCUCGUUUCCGCGCUUCAGACGCUUGCGCUACGCUUCGACGCACGCCUGUCGCCUUCUCCAGUCCCGCAUCCUGCGGCGCCGACCCGUCGGGAAGACGGCGCCUCCCGGCGCGUCCCCAUUUGCCGUCUCUGGCGUCCGUCAGUUUCCACGAGCAUUCAGAGCCGUUCCCGUCUCCGUCCUGUUCUUCAGGGGAACUUGACCUGACGCAAGUGUUCCCUGAGGACACCUUGUCUCCGCUCAGUGUGUCCGAGACGUCUCUCGCGCCUCAGCCUCAGGCUCGUCCGUCAACUGCUGCUGCGUCGGCCACGUUCUCGCCCGCGACGUUGUCUCAAAUUCUCGAAGCGGCCGCGUCGUUCCAAGCGCCAAGCCAGCCCCCCGCCACGCCACGUGCCACAGGGCUGUCGAAAGUGCGUCUUCCUUCCGGCCAAAUCUCGACAACGAUGAACGGCGCGACCCCGCCUCUCGGUGUCCCUGCGCCUGGAGUGUGUGGAGGCCCAGAAGGGCCUCUUAUUCACCAUGGGAUAGCAGGAUCCGGAAUCGUCGUCGCCCCGCCGACCCCCCGAGGCGGGCCAAGCCCAAUGGCCCCGACCCAAGGCGGCCAUUUAGUGUCUCCACCGUCGAGGACCGGUCCGCCAUUGGAGACCUCGUCCACACGCGACCGACAAUGGGUAGCUGUCACCGCCUACAGGCCUGUGGAUGUCGUGACCAAGACAGUCGAGGUGCCGAUCACGCGAACAGUUGACGUCCUCGUUCCUCGACCCGUGAUCCAGGAGAAGAUUGUGGAGGUUCCCAAAUUCGUCCCCCACUACGUAGAGAAGAUUCUAGAGGUCCCGGAGAUCGAGUGGGUGGACCGAGUGAUUGAGGUUCCCGAGUACUUUUACAAAACGAAAUAUGUUCCUAAAGUGGAAAUCCGGGAGAACAUUAUUGAGCGUCCUCUUUACCAAGACAAAUGGGUCGAGAAGAUCGUUGAAGUUCCUAGGGUCGAGGAAAUUGUUCGGUAUCGUGACAUUGUCGAGGCUGAAGAAGUUAUCAAGUACAUUCCCAAAGGCCAUUCUGAAGAGGAAUGGCGGGGCGCCCCCAUCUUCAGUGUCCCUCCAGAGCACGCGCCCCCUUUGCCCCCAAAGUGGGUAUCUCCAGGCCUAACUCCCGGCUGCAUUCCCGGGUGCGCCACACCGGGAUAUCUUGUCACUCCUGAUGGGCCAGUUAAAGGACGGACCAAGCUGGUGGAACAGGGGUCUCCCUCUGCCUUCCCACCACCUCCGAUGAACGCCCGAUGCCCCGCUGUCCCGUUCUGGACAGUUGAUUCUGGUCGGGCUGGGAAGGGAUAG